CACAGAGAAGCAUCAGAGUUGUAAGAUGUGUUUUUUUUGGAUUGUCAAGAAAUGAAAGGGCGUACUCUGAGGUUGCAGGGUGGCAGUGUGGCAGCCUCCUUCUGAGGAAGGUAUCAUCACAUGACCAUUAGACCCCAUGACUCCGUGACCACAAAUCCGCAUCUCCGCAAUCUCACCCCAUAACCCCACCAAGCAUUGUGCAUUUCUGUUAGACACCACAUAUUAUUGUCAUAUCAUAUUCUGCUGACCAGACCAUUUGAGCACACCGACUGGGCUGGUUUGGGGGCAGAACGCAGCUUUGCCCAACAAGAGCUUUACAUUCAGGACAGCCAGAAAUUCAGUGACAUCUUGCAGGUCUUCCAAGUCAGCGGAAUGAAUAAGUGAGGGUUUGCCAGAAGCCCGGAGAGAUUCCUAAAGGAGAAGACCUUACUACGCUCAAGUGGAUUGGGGCGCAUUUUUGAAGUCUCCGCCACCCUUUCGGCUUUCUCUGUUGUUCUAUACUCUCUGAGUGGAAGCAAGUGGUCUGGAUCUCUGCAAACAUUGAGUUAGAAUUCAAUUCGGGAGAGAUCCCAAUUCUCUCUGGGCACGAGGUUGAAUUUUGACCAUUACUAUCAACACUGAAAAUAGUACAGUCAUGCGCAUGCGGCCAUGCCUCGCUUUGGCGCAAAGCUGGAAGAAAGGAUUCAACAUGACAAUAUGGGCAUCACAGCUUGGUUGUUUGCCUCAGAACCGCCGUCGCUGAGGAUUGAAGACACCCCAGCCCCCAGCUUCACCCUGCCGCUGUACAAUUAGCAUGCUGGGCAAGAGGUUCCAGGAGGCCGUAUGAUUGCUGGGUUUGUGACUGGAUCUAAAAUAGAAGACCUCCUCCUACAAGAUGGCCCUGAUGGUUGCAACCCAAAAGGUCCCUUGGUGGAAAGGCUUAGAGGCCACUGUAGGCGCUGUACCUGGCGAACCUAGGCAGGUGUUUUCUUGAGCCAUUCCCUUUGAGACAAUGUAAUCAUUUGAGUGUCCUCACUCAAUUCAUAUGAGUGAAACGACUCCUGCAAGCUUGUGCGCUCCGGGCUGGUGCGCAGCACCAAGCUCAGCUGCAAACAAUUUGCAGAAGCAAACGCCGGGCUGUUCAUAACAGGGUCCGUGUGAAUCUGUGCAUUUCAGAACCAGAAGAACUUCAAUCUCCCGGUUGAGGUCGUGAUGUCCAUACAACUGCCUGCUCACUGACUCAAUUUGUUCCUACAAGUCACAACAAUGACAGAGAGCGCCAACGAACCAUCGACCCAGUAAGAUGCAUCUCAUUUUGGAUCGAAUCAUUUUCAGCUCCGGAGCUGGCAAGCAAUCACAGGCGAGAACCACCCCUGGAACCGCAUCAGUUUGUCGAGUUCGAAGUGAACACGAUUCAAGCUAGCGUUCAAAAUGAUUUAAGCAUAGCAUCGAGUUGUUCUGCACCUCAGUCCACUGUAUUCCUGUUGCCGUGUCAAAGCCUCAGCAUCGCUUAAUCUCUGUGGAGGACAGCCUUACGCCCCGCAGCAAAUCAGUCGACUCCUGUUUCUGGGGACAUCUAGAGCCUGGACAGGCUUCAUCAAGCUCAGCGACAACGUUUCUGUGGUAUCAUCAAGCCUUGCAUGAAUAGGCUGGUGUAGACAUUUGGCCCUUUCCCCACCAGGACCACCAGAUGUAACUUUUUUUUGAUUUGUUUGGGUACGAUAUUUUUAGAUUACUCUGCUCGAGUUCUAGAAAUCUGCCCGUUUUAGAUCCCAAAUGCUUUUGAACUAAUGGUCCCACCCUCCAGCGCGCACCGCCACUCACACCGCCUUGGACCUGGACGACCUGGACAAGCAAGCAUCAGCUAGACUUGGCCUUUGGAUGGAGAUCUCGAUCGUGAGCAGGCCUGGAUGGACGAGACGGCUUCGAAGGCUGAGAAGCCGGAGCAGCCUAGCCCUUGGGGGCGAUGGCAGACUUCAAAUUCCUGGGCCGCGUCAUGCAGCGCAUGGAGGAACGAGGAGCAGAUCGGUGACAUGUCGGUGCCAUGACAUGUAUGGCAUUCUCUUGGAGGACAGCCAGAUGUCUUUCACACCUUCUUUGGCCUGGCGGGCUUGUCGUUGAUGAGGAAGGAUUUGGCCCCGAUCCAGUGCGUCUACGCGCUGGUGAAACAGCGGUCGGAGCCAUCUGCACCAGGACUUGAAGAAGGCUUUGGGCGCCUGCGUGCAGUGCUCGAGCCCACCAUGUUGGACAGCUCUUCAUUGCUUCGCGCGAGAUUGCUGCCAAGUGAGCCAACGGAGGAGCUGACGCUGCAGGUACAGCUUUCAUUCUGCGGCGUUCUUCCGAAUUUCGUGGGUGAACAGCGGGGCGAAGUCCUGAGCGGUUUGGAUAGGAAUUUAGUCUUAUGGCUAGUGGGGUGUUGGACUAAACUUGAUCAGAUCAUCGUGGUUUUCCGGUCCGCUGACGCACCCAGGUGUAGCAACAGUGGUCCCAGGGCUUCGUCGCGUUGUUAAUCACAUCUCGGCGGGCAAGGUUCCCUUGCUUGUUUGUGUAGUGAACGAGUUCUCCACGCUGACCCAACUGAACCAGCCAGGCCAUGAGCUCUCCCACUCGUCUACCACAGCCGAUGACAUGGCUAGCUAUGAUCACAGGGCACCCUACCAAAGAUCCAAUGUGGAUGCUGUGGGGAUUCAGCAAAAGACACGUUAUGGAUCACCUGCACGCGCUGACCCCAAAC